GCCAUUAAGGGAAGAAAGGAAACGACUCCCAGUUCUGAAUGCCAAGUCCUCCCCCCACCCCAUCUCGUCUCCUCCCCACCUCAAUGGAACAAAUGGCCCCAUUUCCCAUCUAAACCCCGUCUCUUUUCCGCUAAAAUCCCCAAUUCUCUUCCCAAAUUACGCAUUCAUAUUUUGAUCUUUUCCCCAAAGGUCUCAACUUUUUUCGUUCCCCGGUUUCCCCUCACCACAAAUUCCCGUUAUCUCCCUUUCCAGUCUCCACUUCUCAAUCUCUCCAUUUUCUCCUUCACAAAAUAGCCUUGUUUUCGCCUCAAAGGUGCCUCCUUUAUUAGCCUGUGUAUACCCUUUUCCCUAUCUCCUCUCCUUUUCUUGCGAGGAAACGUCGAAUAGGGCGUCUGGGUCUCGGAGGGGGAUCGAAGGAAGAAAGGCCAUGUCCCCGGCUCCAAUCGGGGCUCCAUUGCCGGAGCCCUCGCUCCCACCCCGGAAGAGAUUCUCGGAUCUCCGGAGCGUCCGAUGGCGUAUCGAUCUCGGGAUAUUGCCGAGCUCGCCGUCGGCUUCGAUCGAAGCUCUCCGGCGCGUCACGGCAGAUUCUAGGAGGAGAUAUGCCAGCCUGAGGCGUCGCCUUCUAAUCGAUCCUCAUCUUCCUAAAGAUGGAAACAGGUCUCCAGAUAUUGCCAUGGACAAUCCCUUGUCACAAGACCCAGACAGCUCAUGGGGCCGCUUCUUCCGAAAUGCUGAAUUGGAUAGAAUGCUCAACCAAGAUCUGUCACGGUUGUAUCCAGAAGAUGAUAGCUACCUUCAAACACCUUCAUGCCAGGCUAUGUUAAGAAGAAUACUAUUAUUAUGGUGUCUUCAUCAUCCAGAGUAUGGAUAUCGUCAAGGAAUGCAUGAACUGUUGGCUCCUCUGGUAUAUGUACUUCAUGUUGACCUGGAUCAUUUGUCUCGAGUGCAAAAUCUCUAUCAAAAUUGUUUUAAGGAUGAAUUCGAUGGGAUAUCUUUCCCAGAGAGUGACCUUGUCUCCAAUUAUGGAUUAACAAAAUUCACAAACUGGGACACAGUAUCUGAUAAAGACUGUGAUUUCCAAGAAAGCGCACCCACAGUUAGCAGCCUGGAUGACCUUGAUCCCGACACAAGGGACAUAUUUUUGUUAAGUGAUGCUUAUGGAGCAGAAGGUGAGCUAGGUGUUGUCUUAGCUGAUAGAUUUAUGGAACAUGAUGCCUAUUGCAUGUUUGAUGGCUUGAUGAAUGGGGCUCAUGGCGUGGUUGCCAUGGCAGAUUUUUUCUCUCCCUCUCCUGCCAUUGGAUCUAGCACAGGAUUACCUCCUAUAAUUGAAGCCUCAUCUGCAUUGUAUCAUUUGCUCUCAAUUGUGGACUCAUCUCUUCACAGUCAUCUUGUUGAGCUUGGUGUGGAACCUCAGUACUUUGCACUCCGAUGGCUGCGUGUUCUGUUUGGACGUGAAUUUUCCCUUGAUGAUCUCUUAGUAAUUUGGGAUGAACUAUUUUCUUCUCCCAAUAGUACAUGCAUAGACAAUGAUGCAGAAUAUAGUUUCAAGGUGUUAUCCUCUCCUCGAGGGGCAUUUAUUGCAGCAAUGGCUGUAUCGGUGCUUCUUCACCUGCGGUCUUCACUCCUAGCCACCGAACAUGCUACUUCUUGUCUCCAGAGGUUAUUAAACUUCCCUAAGAAUGUUGACAUAAACAAGCUGAUAGAAAAGGCCAAGUCAUUGCAGGUUCUUGCUUUCGAUUCAAACUUCUCCUCGUCUUCAUCGCAAAGAAGUCCUGACAGGAAUAAGUUGGCGGUUAGCAGAGGUUAUAGUCUUCCAACCAGUUUAGCUUCUCCCAAGACUCCACUCCACCCAUUACCAGAUAGUUAUUGGGAAGAGAAAUGGAGAGUGUUGCAUAAGGCUGAACCUCUUCUCAAGGGGAGUAACUAUGAUUCAGUUUUGGGUGGAACAAUCAAGAAGGCUUUGGUUGAAAGAUGUGAUCUAUCUAGGACAGAAUCAGAUCCUUCUCCAACAAAGCCUGGGAGUGAGAAAAAGGAAUCUCGGUCUUCUGUUAGGCGUAGGCUCUUGGAUGAUUUGUCUCAAGGUAUGAAUUCGGAAGCGGAUCAUGGUAAGUCAGAAUGUGAGGAGGUUCCUGGUAUUUCAAACAAGGAGUCGGUCUCUGUGGAAGUAGAUGCAGGUAACGAUAUUCCUGAGGAACCGGCUGAUAAAAAUAUUAUCGGAAGGAUGUCGGACUGCAUGGCUGAAGAGGCAUGUUUGAGUGGAGAGAAUUCUUCAGUCUUUUCCAUGGCUACCAGUCCCAAUAAUAGCAUGGGCAAUGAUCAUGAGAAUGACUCGGAAAAAAGUAGCGUUACCUCAAAUUCAUUUAUUGGUGAUAAUGAUGAAGAAAUAAUUCGUGCGGAGGAAUGCUGCAAUCACAGUGACGAUAAUCAACCAGUUCAAGACUCUGUAACCACUGCUCCUGCCACCAUUAUGCCUGAAACAGAUGCAUCCUUGAAACAGGUAGCAGUUUCGAGGGAACGAAGACCGCUCUCUGGUAAAUUUCAGUGGUUUUGGAAGUUCGGUAGAGGCUCUGGUGAAGGGAAUGUUGAGAAGGGAGGAAGUGAGGAUUUGCAAAGAUCCCCUGGUGCUGGAAAUGUAAAUAAGGAUGUCUUAGGCAGUUCAGCUUCUGAUGGGUGCUGUAAUUCUGGGGUUAGUAGGAAGAAGGAUCUUGGUGACAUGAAAGUGAUGGGCACUUUGAAAAACCUUGGGCAAUCCAUGCUCGAGAAUAUUCAGGUGAUCGAGGCAGUCUUCCAGCAGGAUCGGGGUCAGUCUGGAUCGCAGGAGAACUCGUCAAACAACAUUCUUGGUGGCAAAGGGCAAGUUACAGCCAUUUCAGCUCUCAAGGAGCUUCGGAAGAUAAGCAACAUAUUAUGUGAGAUGUGAGAUGAGUUGAUAGAUGCGGAUGCAAGUUGUAGGUACCAUUCUUCCAUGGCCCAAGAAUAAAAGAAUAAUCUCUAGGCCUUUCCCCCCUCCCAACCUCUUUACAUUAUUUGCAAUGUAUAUACCAGUGUCAUUCAUAAGGAAGAUCUGAUAGUGAAGAAAAACCAUUAUCUGAUGAGAUCUUCCCUUAAGUUGGUGAACAAGUAGGGUGCAGUUACAUCAGUAGUAGGCUGCUGUUUUGUAAUCGAAUGUUUCUAUAAUAUCUAGAGUAAAUUAUACCAAUGAACAGAAAUCUUGAAAGUAGUCUGGCUUUCUC